CACAGAAUGCCACAGAUUAUUUGUUUUGGUCGCUCAUUGCUUUUUCGGCGUCUAUAAUUUUAUUUUGCUUUACUUAUUGUUAAUUGCCAAAAUGUCUCACUGCGCUGUGCAUGGAUGCAAGACUUCUAUGUACAAUAAACCACCGGGAGUUUCGUUACAUCCAUGCCCUGGCAGCUCAGAGAUGAGAAGCAGAUGGCUACUGCUACUAAGAAACAAGUGUCCGAUGUUGGACUGGUCCUCAAGCAAACUUUGUUCAAAGCAUUUUGAAAACAAAUAUUUUGAUAAUCAAAGAAACCUUAAAAGCACUGCUAUUCCCACCAUAUUCCCCAACCCUUCUCAAUCCGUUAAGGCUAUUGAAGGUGGCCCAGUGCUGAAGACCAAAAUGGACAGACACUUGAGCAAAAUGACUCAAGCCCAACUGGUGGCAGAUAUCAAGAAUACUACUGUGAGACUCCGGGAGCCACUCAACUUGAGUGAAUUCCUCACUAAUGACCUGCAGACCAGAUCUGAUGCACCUCUGGAAGCCAAGCUCUGGCUGCUCAUCAAGAAGCAGGAUCACUUGAACAGCAGACUCAUGGAGACAAUAGUCAAGAACAAGGCCAAUGCGGAACUUGCAGAGAACUCUGUAGAAGAAGUAAGCAAGUCCAAAAAAGAUCUUGAGAAAAAUAUAGAAACAUACAAAUACAUAGUGAAGUGCCUACAGGAAAAGCAAGCGACACUCGAGGAACAAAUUGAAAUCCUGACUGCAGUUGAGUCUAGAUAAGACUGUUUUGCCAAUUAUAAUAUGCAUUGAUUAUAUAAGGUUUAAUUAAAUACACUAAUUAUAA